UAUGUUGCAAUUUUCAUUUGUUUUACUACUCGCGCAGUUAAUUUAGAAUUGGUAGGUGAUUUGUCAACAGAUGCGUAUUUAUUAGCUCUCAAACGAUUUAUUUCUCGCCGUGGUAAACCGUCUGACAUGUUUUCAGACAACGGCAGAAACUUUGUAGGACUCAUGAAUGAAUUUCAAAAUUUUCUCUCUAAUUGUUCACAAGAUAUUAUUAACUACGCUAUUAGUCAAAAAAUUAAAUUCCAUUUCAUACCUCCUUAUUCUCCUCAUUGGGGUGGUCUGUGGGAAAGUGGUGUACGCUCAUGCAAGAAUGUAUUGCGACGCGUAGUCGGUAACUUGCAUUUAACAUAUGAAGAGUUCAAUACGGUAUUAACACAGGUCGAAGCUGUUUUGAACUCCCGUCCACUUAGUCCUAUGUCCACAGAUCCUCAUGACUAUUAUCCCUUAAGCCCAGCUCAUUUCUUGGUCGGUCGUCCGCUGACUGCGCCGCCGUGCUCUGAUGUUCAAGACUUCACGCCAUCAAACUUGACACGAUAUCAACGGGUAGAACAAAUACGCCAACAUUUUUGGACAAGGUGGUCCAAAGAAUAUAUAUCUGAGAUGCAAAUAAGGAACAAAUGGAAAACUCGCCAAGCAGACCUGAAGCCAAACACCUUAGUGCUCAUCAAGGACGACCACUUACCUUCAUUAAAGUGGCGUUUAGGACGCAUCAUUUCCACUCUCCCGGGCAAAGACGGGGUAUCAAGAGUCGCCGACAUAAGGACGGAGACCGGCAUCGUUAGGCGGGCAUUCUCUAAAAUAUGCCCUCUUUGGAACGAAGAAUUGAAAGUGGAACCUUCCAAGGCCGGGGGCAUGUUAAAACAGUAGUAGCAAAUCUGCUGUGAGUAGUAUAAUGCUCAAAGUCACAGGCGCCAUCCUCAACCACCACUGGUCGACGUCAAAUCUAGCGUCGAUGACGGCAUCAGUCAAUCGACCAGUGAGAAGCACCGCUCAUCACGCGACACAUAUGA